AUGGCUUUGAAGCGCCAGCAAUGUCUUGAUAAGCGCCUGGCUCGCGAGCCUGAAUUGGCGAAAUGUCUUCACGAGAAAAUUCUGGACUACAAGGCGAAGGGAUAUAUUCGUAAGCUUUCGACACAGGAAGAAGUUAUGCGCAUGGAACGCUCGUGGUAUCUGCCGAUCUUUCAUGUUGUCAAUCCUAACAAACCUGGGAAGCUUAGAAUUGUGUGGGAUGCUGCAGCCAAGGUCGGACGCGUUUCGUUGAAUUCGUUCCUGCUGAAAGGGCCUGACCAAGUUACGCCACUUCCGGACGUCUUACAACGGUUCCGCGAAUAUCGUGUAGCAGUUUCAGGGGAUAUUCGCGAGAUGUUUCACCAAGUUCGGAUCAACAGUGAAGACCAGCAUUGCAAAAGGUUUCUCUGGAAUGAUGGAAAUCCAGGGAAUAACUCGACGACUUACGUCAUGCAAGUGAUGACGUUCGGUGCGAGUUGUUCGCCAAGCAGUGCACAGUACGUGAAAAAUCUAAACGCAGGACGGUUUAAGCACCAGUUUCCGGAAACUGUUGAGGCGAUCUGUAAGGGCACGUACGUUGACGAUAUGCUCUGUAACGUGGAAUCAGAAGGAGAGGCGGUAAAACUCGCGCAGGAUGUAAGGUCCAUACAUGCUGAAGGUGGCUUCGAGAUCCGAGGAUGGCUGUCCAACUCUAAAAAGGUAGUAGAUGCCAUGGGUGAAUGCAUCUUUUUCCAGAAGGAUUUGAAUAAGUCUAGCGAGCUGGCAACCGAGAAAGUACUGGGUAUGUGGUGUGAUACCAUCAGCGAUACACUUACUUUUAAAAUCCCGAAACGAUGCAGGCAACAGUUGCUUUCCGGAGAGGAAGCCCCUACGAAGCGUGAAGUACUACGAAUCCUCAUGUCGGUAUACGACCCGCUCGGACUUCUGGCAAACAUGCUAAUGUUCCUCAAAGUCCUUCUUCAGGAUAUUUGGCGCUCUAACAUUGGUUGGGAUGAACCGAUAGCCGGUCAACAACUUUCGAAGUGGAGAACGUGGCUCAGCGUGUUGAACAAGGAGAAAGCUUCCGUUCCGCGAUGCUAUCGAACGAUAACAACGUCGUCAUCUGUAAUUCAGCUGCAUGUUUUUGUUGAUGCUAGCGAAAACGGGUACGCAGCGGUCGCAUACUUUCGCUACGAAGAAGGUGACUCGAUAGAAUGUGCCUUUGUUGCUGCAAAAACUCGUGUCGCACCCCUGAAGUAUGUUUCGAUUCCUCGAUUAGAACUCCAAGCGGCAGUCAUUCGAAUGCGUCUGGCGAAAGCGGUUUCUUCGAUCGCUAUUCCAGUAUUCCAGUACAGAAACGGUUUUUCUGGACUGAUUCAAGAGAUGUCCUUUGUUGGUUGCGCUCAGAUCACAGGAAGUACAGCAAGUUUGUUGGUGCACGGGUUGGAGAAAUUUUAG